AUGCCGUCCUCCUCGCCACAGCACGAGCCACUGGCCAAAGACCCCGAGGCUCAGGUCCGCUCAUGGGGUUUCAGCCAUGUCUUCACGUGGACCGAUGGCCCGAACGCCCACUAUAGCCCACAUACACACCGAGGCCUCACAACUCACCUCAUCCUCCGAGGCGGGUUGACAAUAACGUAUCCCGACGAUGCCACCCCGCAGAAGGAGUCCUUCUCCGUCGGAGACAGGAUAGACGUCGAUGCUGGCAGGCGUCAUGAGGUCUGGAUCGGCUCUGAAGGAUGCACCUACGUCAUCGGGGAAUGA